AUGACGCCUGUGUCCACCUUGCCCGCUCCCAGCAUUUUUGCUACCUUCAUUCGUGGGGGCACCAGCAAAGCACUAUUCUUUCAUGAGAAGGACUUGCCUCCUCCGGGGCGGACGCGAGAUAAUGUUCUUAUUCGCGUCAUGGGCUCUCCAGAUCCUAGUCAAAUCGACGGCAUGGGCGGAGGACGCGUUGUCACAUCCAAAGUCGCCAUCAUUCGGCCUUCCCAACGACCAGACGCUGAUGUCGAUUACACAUUUGCGCAAGUUGGACUUGGCGAGUCGAAAGUUUCGUAUGAUGCCAACUGCGGAAAUAUCUCUUCAGGCGUCGGACCCUUUGCAAUCAACGAGGGGCUACUGAAGAGCCAAACCUGGCGGGACGGCAAGAGAGUCGUCAGAAUUUACAACACGGGGACCGACGCCUUGCUAGUUGCCCAUGUUCAGAUAGACGAGUUUACAGGAAGAGCACAGGAGAAAGGAGACUAUGCCAUCUCCGGCUGCCAAGGCACUGGUGCGCCCAUCCUCAUGGAUUAUUCCCAGGCUGCUCUGCCUUCCAAGAUGCUUCCAACCGAUAAUAUCAUCGAUCAUUAUGACUGUACAUUUGGUCAGGUUGAAGCCACCUUCUGCGAGGUUGGAAAUCCAGUCGCGUUUGUCGCAGCAGAAUGCCUCGGAGUUCUGGGAAGCGAAACGGUCGAUUCUCUUGACAGCGACAAAGAGCUUAUUGAUCGUAUACGCGAGACUCUCGCAGCAUCCAAGGCUCCAUGUCCCAUCGAAAAACGAUCUGCAAAGGAAGUUGUGAAGAAGCUUGGUCUCAUACCGAAUGAGGAGAAGGGCUACUACGUUCAAACGUUCCAGGACCCAGACACGAACAGUCAAAAUCGAUCCCUCAGCACAGCCAUAUACUAUCUACUAGAGGGGUCCGUCGGUCCAUCCAUCUGGCACCGCGUCGAUGCUGCAGAGGCGUGGCACUACUACGCAGGGGCCCCUCUCACACUCUCGCUGUCCUAUAAUGACGGUAAACCGUUGAAGAAUGUCUCGCUCGGCCCGGAUAUCUUUGCUGGGCAACAGCCGCAAUACGUCAUACCGAAGUCUCAGUGGCAGAGGGCAACUAGCCACGGUCGUUGGACUCUUGUCGGCACGACCGUUGCUCCUGGUUUUGUUCCAUCUGGGGUAGAACUCGCAGAUCCGAAUUGGAUGCCAAAUGGGGCAUAA